GCAUACCAAUUCAAAAAAUAAUAAGGGGAGACAAACCAGUGACGAAUUUCAUUGAAAAUUUAAAGAAAGGGAACACAACCAUGUACCAUGCCUCUGGGAUGAUAAUAGGGUGUGCUGGUAGUGGUAAAACAACAUUGUUAGAGAGACUGAAGGGCAUUGACUUAGAGAAAAUAAAGAACAAUAUCAGGUCAACUAGAGGAGUUGAUAUCAACAAAGAUAUAUUUGAUGUUACAGACACCAUCCAAGUUAAUUAUUCAAGCCAAAAACAGCGCUUUAAACUUAGAGGUGAUAAAGAAGGUUUAAAAAAGAGUGUACCUGAACAUCACUCAAUGAAUACAACUGAUGAUUGGGAAACGCAAGAAAGUAUAGAAAAAUUAAAUGAUUACAGUACGAUUGAAGUAUCAAAGAGUGAAAAUAUAUAUGUAGAGACCAAAUUCACAUCUACCUCAUCCUACGAUCGACAAGAGUCCACUUCAACACAACAGGAUGUUAUGACGGAAAGAAAAGAUAUUCCAUAUAGUUCAGAAAUUUCUGGAAAUUUACAGAUAGAGACAAAAAACAUUUCAGAAGAUCCAGAGAAAAAAAUCACAAUGACAGAUUUUGCAGGACAGUGUUCAUAUUAUGCCUCACACCAGAUGAGUCCGCGGGCGUUCUUUAUUCUGGUAAUGAAUAUGGAGAAGAAGUUUGAUGAUAAGGUUGGAGAAGAAGUGUGUUGUCAGGAAGGCUCUGUUUACACGGGAUGGACAAACAGAGAUUAUCUCGAAUUCUGGAUGAAUUCCAUACACCAGUACAGCAGUGAUACAGCACCUGUCAUCUUGGUUGGUACACACAGUGAGAAUAAAACAGAAAAGGAGAUUAUGGCUUUUUUCCAUGAAAUAUGGGCUACUCUUGAAAUGAAGGACAAUAUCUUGCACAAACAUCUUCAUGAGGAUAGACAGUUUGCAGUUGGAUUCCAUGACAAUGAAAGCAUUGAGAACAUUAAGCUCUCUAUAGUUAAAGUUGUGCAAAAUCUAAAUCACUGGGGAGAAAAACUUCCAUGCUCAUGGGUCAUGUUUGAAAAAUUCUUCCAGGAAAAGAAAUCCUUGAGGAUAAUGAAAAAAGAAAUGCUGCUGGCUUUCAAUGAGGCAUUGUCACAGGAAAUGAAGCUUCAAACAGUUCAUGACAUUGAUUUUAUGCUUCAGUUUUUCCAUGACAACAGAGAAAUUUUAUACUUCAACCAAGAAAUACUUGAUUGUGUAAUCAUUCUUGAUGUGCAAUGGUUUGCAAAUUUAUUUAAAAAUGUAAUUACAGAUAAAAACCAUGCAGAGAAAGAUUUAUGUAGGUUUGCAUCAGACUGGAAAAAAUUUGAUCAAACUGGAGAAUUAAAUGACACUUUGCUUACAGCUAUCUGGGAAAUGAAGGGAAUAGCUGUCAGUGAACACAAAACAAAUGUCAUGCUAUACAUGGAGAAGCUAGGAUUAUUAGCAAAACUGAAUGACAAAAAAUGGUAUGUCCCCUGUAUGAACAAGAGACCAUUUCCUGCGGAAUGCUUCUCAUCAUACCCUACCUCAUCCAUCCUCUGCUACGUGUUUGAUGUUCUUCCUGUUGGCAUUUUCCAUCGUCUUGUAGCUACAUGCUUGCAAAUUCCCUGCGAAAUUGUUACCGAGAGAGGGGAACUAUGUAUAUACUAG